GGUUCGGCGCGUCCCUUCCGUCGGGCCCGCGCCGGCGGUGGGGAGGCGGCGCGCGCGGCCCGCAGCCCACCCAUGGAGGCUUUCCACUGGGCGCCCCGCUCGCCCCGCCGCGGCCGUGCCCCCCCGCCCAUGGCGCUCGUGCCCAGCGCCCGCUACGUGAGUUCCCAGCGCCCGGUGCACCCGCAGCCCUUCAGCUCGUGGAACGACUACCUGGGGCUCGCCACGCUCAUCACCAAGGCGGUGGACGGCGAGCCGCGCUUCGGCUGCGCCCGCGGCGGGGACGGCGGCGGCGACGGUUCCCCGCCCUCUUCUUCCUCGUCGUGCUGCUCCCCCCACGCUGGGGCCGGGCCCGGGACACUGGGGCCCGCGGUGGGGCCGCCCGACUACGACGAGGACGACGACGACAGCGACGAGCCGGGAUCCCGGGGCCGCUACCUGGGGGGCGCGCUGGAGCUGCGCACCCUGGAGCUGUGCGCGGACCCCGCCGAGGCCGGGCUGCUGGAGGAGCGUUUUGCCGAGCUGAGCCCGUUCGCUGGUCGCGCCGCCGCCGUGCUGCUGGGCUGCGCCCCCGCCGCUGCUGCCACCGCCGAAGUGGCGCCGCGCGAGGAGCGGGCUGCGGCGUGGGCGGCUGAGCCCAGGCUGCACGCCGCCUCCGGGGCGGCCGCCGCCCGGCUGCUCAAGCCCGAGCUGCAGGUGUGUGUGUUCUGCCGGAACAACAAGGAGGCGGUGGCGCUCUACACCACCCACAUCCUGAAGGGACCCGACGGGCGAGUGCUGUGCCCCGUGCUGCGCCGCUACACGUGCCCCCUGUGCGGCGCCAGCGGUGACAACGCACACACCAUCAAGUACUGUCCGCUCUCCAAAGUGCCGCCGCCGCCCGCCGCCCGCCCGCCGCCGCGCAGCGCCAGGGACGGCCUGCCCGGCAAAAAGCUGCGUUGAGGACGCGGGCUCCGGUCUGCUGACGCCACCAGGGUCGCCGCCUGCCCACUCUCGUAUUUGGUCUGCGCACUCUCUCUCCCUUGCUGCUGGUGAGCAUGGAGCUCAGCAGAUGGCUCAACUUGGGAUGUCGUCUUGGUUUUCUCAAAGGAAGCCGACGGUACUGAGUACUUUCCUGUCGAAGAGCGGUUGAGAGUAGACGCUAAAGUCUUGAUUUAUCUCGUUUGUGCACAUCCAGACGAUGAAGGCUGGGUAUUCCGCUAACUGAAAUGUGGCAACUUAGAGGCGCUGUUUAUUUAUAGGUCGACCUAUUUUAGAUGCGCAUCAGUAUGAAAUUGUCUCAAUCUAAUCUUGGAUGUUUAAUUUUAUGAAUGGAGGCACUUUACUAGGUCUAGAAUAUUUUUUUAAAAGCCUCUUAACUGAACUUAACUGGCGAUUUUAUGGAAUGUCAGCAAAAUGACUUUUAUUGUUUGAAACAAGUAAUAUUUCUGUUGUCCUUAAUCAGUUAUUAUAAUUCCAGGCGAAGCAAGCCCCCCUGCCUGGUAGCAUCAUUAAGUGAAGGCUUAGUAAACUUUCCAGUAUUAGUUUGGGUGGGUGUUCCCUCCUUGUGGCUUGUUUCUGUCCUAGCUGGAUGUAGCAGGUAGAAUACAGCUCCUUAUCCUUUUAUGUACCAGGUCUUUUAUUACUGAACGAGCAACUAGCGUUUUCCACCUUUAAAAGUUGUGCCAAGUUAUAAUGUUGUGUACACACUUGAAAAUGGUGCUGUUUAAAAAAAACUUGUGCAUUUAUACAGUAACAGUAUGUUAAUUCAUUAAUCUUGCCUUUAACUCUGGUACUUGGCCUUUUGUUUAUGCUCCCCACCCCAUUCGUUUUUCAAAACAUUUAUCAUCCUUCAGAUCAAAAGGGAGUAGUAUUAAUUCACUGUCUGGAUUGCUCAAUUUCAGGGUUCCUAAAUAGUGGAAAGCUCAUUCCAGCUGUUGCCUCUCAAACUAAAUGUAAGAUGGAAUCCUUUGAGCUCUGGAAGGUCAACGUAAUAACCUGGGUUCAGGAAGGUUCCACUCUGGGCUAUGUUGGCUUUAAGCAUCAGAGGCAGUCCUCAAACUGGUAUAAGCACUAAUUAAAGGAACUAUUGGGGUGGGGGGAGACAAGGAACGCAGCCUCUCUCAUGUUCCCAUUCUCACUGGAAGAUUACCCUUCUCUUUCUGGAAUCCCGCCAGUUAUCCAUAAAUGAGAUUAAAUCUAAUCCUUAGCAAAGGUGCUUGACUCCUACUUUAACCUUCCACCCUUUUUUAAAUCCACUGUAGUGAGAGUACCACACCAUAUCUAGCAUCAGGACAGACAUAGAAGGCAAAAAUGGAAAUGAAUUAAGAUGAAGUCAUCUGAAAUGUAUAAAAUCACUAUCUGAAAAUACCAGCAAGAGAUUUAGUCUAUAGAGGUUCCAGGAGAGCUUAGCUAGGUUAUUAGAAAUUAGACUGCUGGGCUUCCCUGGUGGCGCAGUGGUUGAGAGUCCGCCUGCUGAUGCAGGGGACACGGGUUCUUGCCCCGGUCCGGGAAGAUCCCACAUGUCACGGAACGGCUAGGCCCGUGAGCCAUGGCCGCUGAGCCUGCGCGUCCGGAGCCCGCAACGGGAGAGGCCACAACAGUGAGAGGCCCGCGUACCGCAAAAUAAAUAAAUAAAUAAAUAACACUGGGGAUAGCUAUGAGCGUUUAUUGGUCAAAGGAAGGUGCAUGGGUGGGGGAUGGACAGAACGAUUUCUUGGUCAGGAAAAAAUAAUUCACUUGACUAGGCCUAAACUCAAGUAGCUUAAUAAAACCAUGAAAUUAACUUAUUUUCUUCAGUUUUUUUAGAAAACAUACCAGUUUAAAUUAGACUUGCUUUUUAAGGAGUUUUCAGGUCAACAUUAAUUCCUGUUACCUCUUGCCACUGCUCUAAUUGUACCUUUUCAAGGUCAUUAUUAACUGAGGGGUGCACUCCACACCAGAAGAUACGGUUUAGGUGACUUAUAACUGCAUCAGCCUCCAAACUUGCCUGUUCUCCAGCUAACUUUAACUCCCAGUAUUUUAAGCAUGAAC